GGGUUGACUUCUCAAAUGAACGAUGAAGCAUGCGAGCUAAUCCAUAGAUAUAUGUAUAUAUAUAUAAAAAGCUAACCUAGCAGUUUAAAAACUCAUACCUACGAAUGUUUCUUUCGCGCUGUGUUUGUUAGAAACAAACGCCGCAAUGACUUAAUGAAGCGGUGACUUUGGCGUGGUGGAAUAUACCGUUAGAGACGGAAGAUGAUAGAACCAGAGGUACUGACCGAGGUCCCUGCAGCACUGAAGCGGCUGGCCAAGCAGGUCGUGAGGGGCUUCUUCGGAGUGGAGCAUGCGUUGGCCCUGGACGUUCUCAUUCGCAACCCGUGUGUGCGUGAGGAGGACAUGCUGGAGCUGCUCAAGUUCGACCGUAAACAACUGCGCUCAGUGCUCAACACCCUCAAGGCAGACAAGUUUGUCAAGUGUCGCAUGCGGGUGGAAACGGCCCCCGAUGGCAAGACAACACGGCACAACUACUACUUCAUCAACUACAGGGUGUUGGUCAACGUGGUGAAGUAUAAAUUGGAUCACAUGCGGAGGCGCAUUGAGACGGAUGAGCGAGACUCCACCAACCGGGCUUCCUUCCGGUGCCCCUGCUGCUUCUCCACCUUCACAGAUCUAGAGGCCAAUCAGCUGUUUGACCCAAUGACAGGUACAUUUCGCUGCACCUUCUGCCAGACCGAGGUGGAGGAGGACGCGUCUGUCUGUCCCGACGGCAGGACGCUUGUGGCGCGCUUCAACGAGCAGAUCGAGCCCAUCUACGCGCUGCUGCGUGAGACCGAAGAUGUCAACUUGUCUCAGGAUCUGCUGGAGCCCGAGCCGGCUGAGAUCCCUGCCCUCAAACAGAGCCGCGAUCGAGCCGCCGCCGCGGCCGGACAGAACCUGACUGGGCCGCACCGCGAGGCCUGGUCCACCAAAGGCUCGUCUUACGCUGACAUGUACACCCAGAAUGUGGUCAUCAGCAUGGAGGAGCAGGAAGAACAGCAGAGGCAGGCCAUGGAAGGCAAGGCCCCGAAGGAGAGGCCGGUGUGGUUGACCGAGAGCACGGUGCAGGGCGCCUACAGCGAGCCCGACGCCAUCAAGAGCGGUGGAGACGUCACACCUGUGGCCCAGGACGCAACAGCAGGUCAUGGAGUGGGUCAGGCGGAUGAGAACGAGGAGGUGAUGCGCGCCCUGCUCAUUCACGAGAAGAGAGCCGUGGCGGCGCCGGGCGGAGGCGGAGCCAGCGCCGCGGUCAGGAAGCUCACCUCCUCCAAAGCCAACGCCAGCGACUCCGAGAGCGACACCAGCGAGUCGGACGACGACUCUCCCGCCGUCCCCGCCGCCGCAGCUGCUCAGCACCGGGUGGAGGAGGAAGAUGACGAUGACGAGUUUGAGGAGGUGGGGGAUGAGCCGAUGGUGAUGGUGGGCGGCCGGCAGUUCUCCUACCGCGAGGUGAGCCAGAGGCCGGAGCUGGUGGCGCAAAUGUCUGCACAGGAGAAGGAGGCCUACAUUGAAAUGGGACAAAACCUCUUCCAGGACAUGUACUUCUGAGCACACACCCGCAUACACACACACACACACACACACACACACACUCACACACUUUGAUGCUCACGACCAGUGAUGACAUACCCCCCCCCCCCCCAAGAUGCUGCUCAAGAAGUAUUUACAGUCAGCGUCAUGCUCCUCUGAUAGAAAAGACAUGGCUUGACAGUGUUGCAUAGGUGAUUGCGCCUGUAGUAUUCUGUCCUCAGUAUUUUUUUUGUCAUCGGCCCAGAAGGAAACUAGCCAGCAGUUUUGAGUGCCAAUUCCUUUUUUUUUUUUGUUAAUCUGAAUCUCAAAUAAAAACCGUCGUGUUUUAAA